AUGCCACUCCAUGUACAAACUUCCGAACCCUCGCAUCUAGAAGCUUUUCAAUUUGGACCAAACACAGAUGAAGCCGCUGUUCACUCCACUCCGCCUCUCUCGCCAGAUCAGCUGUCACCAAGAUCAGACGAGUCAAAAGAGGUCAACUUCGACGAUGCUGAGGAGAUGCCUGCCUUGUCGUCAUUCGCUACCACGGAAGCAUCAUCUUCUGCCGGAGCGGUUGGAGGAGAGGUCCUGGACGACCAACGAGACGGCGACCGGGAAUCAUGCGACUCACGGGAGUCCACGUCUGCCUGGUCCACGGCUUACACCACCGAGGCGUUCUUUCAUCAACGGUCCAUCCGCGUGAUCUCCUUCGACCUCCCUGGCACAGGGUUUAGCGACCCUCUCCCUCUCCAAGCCACCACCACAACGGCAUCAUUCGCCUCUGCUGUUGCUGACGAUAUCAAGCAGCUAGCGCAACAGCUGCACGUGGUACCGGGGCUGUGGAUAGUGGGCUUUGGCCUAGGCUCCCCUCUUGCUCAUGCCGCUGCUGAAAGGCUGGGUCAAGGGCUCGUAGCAGGACUGUUGCUGCUGGGGCCACCAGGAGUUCUGAACACUGGCGAGUGUGGUGACGCUACCGAAGAAAUAAGAGGCCGCGAAAGGGCCAUGCAUGCGGAAGUGGAGGAGAGGCGACCAGGGGGUCAACCUGAGGUGGUGAUGUCGUGGCAGCAGGCUGGUGGAGUGUGGCAGCUAGUACAGCAGUCGUUUAGGGGACGGGUAGCGAGCGCUGUGUUGCGGAUAGUGGUUCCGCGUGUGCUGGUGCAGUCAGUUGUUGCGUUGCUCCGGAUCUCGCCUGCGGUUCUCAAGUGGAUCGUGACUGCCACUUCACUUCGUCCCAUUUCUCCCCGUGUCGUCUCGCUCAUAUGUGAUGGCUUGCUGGAUGCACUUCAGCAGGGCGACCUUCCCUAUCUACUGAACCUAUUAGUCCUAACACUGCAGCCCCACAACACGCAGCCAUCUCAGACUGCCAAUAACCCAUUUUUCUCAGGGCCUGUUUACACCUACAAGGUAUUUGAUGAACCAAGCAUCGCAUUCCCAGAGGGAAAGGAUAACCUUCUGAAGUUCGAUAUUACGAUUAAGCCAGAUGAAGGCUACUACUUGGGAGGAACGUUCACUUUCAGCUUCGAGGUUCAACCCUCUUACCCUCAUGAAGCUCCCAAAGUGAAGUGCAAAACUAAGGUGUACCACCCCAACAUCGACCUGGAAGGGAAUGUUUGUCUAAACAUUUUGAGAGAAGACUGGAAGCCUGUUUUGAGCAUCAACUCCAUUGUCUACGGCUUGCAGUUUCUUUUCUUGGAUCCCAAUCCUGAUGACCCCUUGAACCAUGAAGCAGCAGAGGUUCUGCGCACCAAUCCACGGCAAUUUGACUACAAUGUGAAGCGGUCCAUGGCUGGUGGAUAUGUUGGAGGACACACGUUUCCUCGCUGCAUAUGA